AUGUUGUACAUAAACGGCACAAUCGUUACGAUUAACGAAAAUAGAGAUAUCAUCAAAGAAGGCGCAAUUUGUGUUCAAGGAAACUCAAUUGUUGAUAUCGGAAAAGUUGCCCUUCUUACCGAAAAGUACCCAGAGGAAGAAGUUACCGAUCUCACUGGGCGGGUCAUAUUCCCGGGCCUAAUAUCAACUCACAUGCAUAUAGCCCAGACACUUUUACGAGGAGCAGCAGAUGAUCUCGAGUUAAUUGGAUGGCUUUGUGAUCGUAUCUGGGUCCUCCAAGGCAACUUCAGUGCUGAGGACGGAGAAGUUGCUGCUAGGCUUUCGAUUGCUGAGAUGUUGAAAUCCGGAACAACAUGUUUUCUAGAGAGCAUGUUCGCGGAUAGAUAUGGAUUCGAUGGCCUUGCAAAAACUGUUGAGGAAAGCGGGAUCCGAGGAUGUCUUGGCAAGAUCGUAAUGGAUGUCGGGAAAUAUGCAACAGAAGAGAAGAAAAUGAUGCAUCCUGGCCUCGUUGAAACCCGUGAGCAGAGCCUCUUGGGAGCAAUUGAGAUGUACGAGAAGUGGGACAGCAAGGCGGAUGGCCGAAUUAAGGUUUGGUUCGGCGCAAGGACUCCACCUGGUGUGUCCGACGAUCUUCUUAAAGAGAUGUCCGAAGCCUCUAAAUCCAAGGGUAUCCCGAUCACAAUGCACUGUGCCGAAGUUCGGGCGGAUCGAGAAUUCUACGCUUCUGUCGGUCACACACCAAUGACGUACUGUCAAUCAGUCGGCCUCUUGGGCGAAAAAACCGUUCUCGUUCACAUGGUCCACCUGGACGACAAUGAUAUCCAACUUCUUCGCGAAACAGGGACCCACGUGGCACAUUGUCCUACGUCCAACUCCAAGCUUGCCUCCGGAUUUGCUCGGGUUCCGGAAUUGCUCGACGCUAAGGUUAAUGUGGGUUUAGGGACCGAUGGUGCCCCUUGUAACAACUCGAAUGACAUGCUUCAAGAAAUGAAACUUGCGGCUAUCAUUCAUAAGGCUACACACUAUGACCCAACGGUUGUACCAGCGGAGACCGUUAUGGAGAUGGCGACAAUCAAUGGGGCAAAAGCUCUAGGGUUAGACAAAGAGAUUGGGUCGCUUGAAGUUGGUAAAAAAGCAGAUUUCGUGGCUAUAGAUCUCAGGCAGCUGCAUCUGACCCCUUCCUUCGAUCCGAUUAGUACAAUUGUGUAUACAGCUACGGGGCGAGAUGUCGAGAUGGUCGUCGUGGACGGGAAGGUUUUGGUCAAAGACGGGAAACUGAUGACGAUGGAUGAAAGAAAGAUCAUACAACAAGCGACAAAGCAUGCCCAGCAGAUAGUAGAAAGAGCCGGAUUGAAGCAGGUUAUCAAAGGCCGGUGGCCAACUUUGUAA